UACGUUAGUUUACAUGUCCAACCGGUGCCUCAGCCAUCUUGUAUCAGCUGCCCGACUUCUGUACUUCGCCAGCCCAUCCUCCAUACAGCUGCCAGGAAAAUGGCUGAAAAAGGAGCCGCCGCCACCAGUAGCAGCCCUCUUGAUAACUUCGUGAAUCGCUUCAAGAUAGACAAAAUGAGUGGUCGUAUGAUGAAGUACCCUUACACCCUUAGUGCCAAGAUUGCACAGUUCCCAUUUAAUUACUAUAUCAAGAAUCAGUGGGUUUUCAGGUACUAUGCCAUCGGCUUGAUUGUCUGUGCUCCUGUCUUCAGCUGGAUCCAGAAGCAGACCAAUUCUCCUGCCAACGUGGAGUUGUGGAAAAAGAAGCGUGCAGCAGAACAUUAAUUUUUUAGUGAUUACAGAAUUCAUGAAAACUUCUUUAUGUAUUUUGUCAGAAUUUGUUAGGUGUAAGAAAGAGAAUACACUGUAAAUAUGUA